UCGCUGAAAAGUAAAGGAAACAACAGGAAGAAGCAGCGUAGAAGGCAAAAGCCAUUAUGCCGGUGACAAUCAGGAAUACAAGUCGGAAGAUCUCACCUCGGAGCAAGACCAUCACUAAAGCGAAAGGGAAAAAGAGAGCUAAGGGGUACUCAAAGAAGACCAAGAAGAGUACGAAGAAGGUAGAGUCCUCGACAUCAUCAGAGUCAGAGACUGAGGACAGUUCAACCACGAGUGAUUCCUCAGACACGGACGAAGAAACACAUCGGCUGCUGACACUACUCGAGGAAAGUAAACUCAAGGCCAAGAUGAAGAAGGCGAAGGCAGGUACGAACAUGAAGAGAACUCUGAAUGGAAGCUACGAGAAGGGAGAAUGCUCGAAGAGAUCACGGACACUGACCUCACCUCCUUGCAAUCUCGAAGAACCAAGAACACUGUUGACGAAUGGAUACAAGGGUAUAGCAGCCGGAUGCUCGAAAGAAGGACUGGUCGACUACACACUUGCUGUUAUGAAGCAAUAUUCCGCGAAGAAGGUCUCACAACUUCGGGAGAUUUGUGAAAAACAUGACAUUAAGUCUACCAAGAAGGGGGAAAUGGUGAUGGAGCUGGUGAAAAGACAGACGAACCUUGCGUAUGAAGGACUUUUCGCAUCAUCUGGACUGAAGAAGACGACUGUACUCGACAAUCACGAAAAGGAAGACUACAGCAAGAGCCCGCCUGAAACUGCGAGAUUGACUAUGAAAACAAGGAGAAUGACAAGAAGCUCUGAGACACCGAGAGUCGUCCUGAAGACAGAUCCUGCGAAUGAAGAUGAUCGUGAGGAAGAUUGAGUAGCGGCGCCCCCUUCCGCUAGACAACUUUGGGAUACGUUGAAGGCAUGCUUAAUCG